UUAACCUCCAACAAUCAGUGAAAAGCAAGAUAGAAUAAAAACGAGGGAAGACUCUACCUCUGGAAAUUUGUGACGAAUAUCUUAAAUUUUAAUGUUAAUGAAAUAAUUCAUGGUGAAAGUCUUCAACGAAUAGCAUCUUUUUACUCGGCUUUCACGAUGAGCGUGCUCAUGCAGCGGUUAGGUCGUCUGCGAAGCGUGUACUCGAUGUUAUUGAGAGGUUCUGACAAUAGCAACUUCGUGCACUGGAUGUACGGUGCUUUACCAAAGCAUAAGUAUAGUACUUCGACCGUGGCACGUAUCGAUUCGGAAAAAAUCCUGGGAGUACACGCUAGCACUCCUGACAUCGGCAAUAAGAACGAGAACGAGAACAGUGGUCCAGAAAAGAUACGAGAAAAUGUGUACGGUCACAAUUUUUUCAUGAACUCGUGGAAAUAUAAAAAGUUAGUGAUGCGGCCGAGCACGACGUAUGCUUAUGUCACAAACAAGGAAGCACUGAAAAUCCUGGAACAGGAUUGGAAUUUGAUGACGAACGCUGAAAUAGUAUCCGCUGUAAAGAAACUGUCCUAUAACUUUUCUUAUAAUAAUGAAGAGAAGAUAGAGUUACUCCAAUAUAUGGAAGCUUUCAGCAAACUAAAAAUAGAAAAGUUGACCAACGACGAACUGAUGACUAUAAUGCGGCAUCUGGUACUGUUCAAUUAUAUGAAACACUGUAACUUCUACAUCAAUCUCUGUAAAUUGAUAGAUAAAGAGUGUAUGAAGCGUUUCUUUAAGUUAAGUUUACCAAUAGAGCAGACAUUAUAUCUCUGUGACAUAAUAUAUCAGAUGACACAUGGGAUUAACCGUUAUUUUUCUCAAUACAUGUGGUAUUCCAUUAGGAAGAUAGGCAAUAAACCUCAAAAACUUAGUCCUCAGCAAUUAGUUCAGGUUUUGUUUUUUCUUAAUGUACACCGGAAGCCACCUAUGAAUAUGUAUGAGUUUGAGUAUCAUUUGGAACAGUGCAAGGAUGAACUGUCGAUCAACGAGCUAGGUAUAGCAGCAUUGGGUUUUUUCAAGACUAGUACGAGAAUUCAAAGCGCAGAUUUUCUGAAUUAUAUCAUCCAAAGAUCUAUAGCUGAAAUAAAUGAAAUGCAUAGUGUAAGCAUCGGAAGCAUUAUAAAAUUAGUACGAUAUAGCAUAAAUCUUACACAGUUAAAAUCGCUUCUAGAUUUAUUGAAAGCUUUGACGCCAUACGAGCCACAUUACACGUUGUCAUCUUUAACACAUAUCGCGCAAGCAUGUGGAAGAAUUGCUGUGUACAACGAAGAGCUCAUGGACAGAAUAAUCACAAGAUUAAAUAAGGAAUUAAAGAUUGCGAGAUUGAAGGAUUUUGAAAGACUCCUUUAUUCUUUUGUUAUUCUUGAUAUCGAUUCAAGCAAUAGUGUCUACCAGAACGUGAUCGAGGAAUUGAGGACUACUUGGAAUACUACUCGACAAUUCGAGAUACAGAAGUAUCCAUCUAUAGCUGCACGUAUUCUAGGAUAUUUGGCAACAAAAAGUAUAUUUCCCCUGGAUCUAAUCAGAUACAUCAUGGCACCUGAAUUCGUGUCUAAAACAUUCUGUGGGGGGAAUUACUAUUCUAUUUCGCGCGAAUACCUCGUACUUGAUUACAGCCUUCGAAUAGAAGUACCCGAAUACGAUGGACCAUUUCUGAAACCUACUAUAAAAAGUUCUCUAGAAAAGAAAUAUUUAAAUCCCUAUCUAGAGAGUAAUUUAAGCUCGACUAAGGCGAAUAUGCUUUUCUCGGACGUGUUGGCAACGUGUCAGGAGUUGUUCAACAACAAGACGGACAUAUCGAUAAUUCGUCCGUUACCAUAUUUUAUAACACAGGACAUUGUUUUAUGUUUAAACGAGCAAAAUCAGCUUAUGCCAUCAAAGAAAUACUUUUCGCAAUUUGAAGAGACUGAUAUUAAACGAGUGGACAAGGAGAAAUCAAAUAAUGUCAGGUGGAUUGCCCUCGUUAUAGGACAUCAUGGAUUAUUAGUAAGGAAUUGUCAAAAUAGACCUACUGGAGCGUUAGCUACAAAAAUGAGACAGUUGUCUAUAAUUGGCUACAAGCCAGUCAUGAUAUCAUAUAUGACUUGGGACACACAAUCGCCACAGGAAAAAUGUACAUACAUCAAAAGUCUUAUUAUGAAAUAA